GGACUGCGCGCCAUGGCGGUCCCCGCGGCUGCCUUGGGGCCCUCGGCGUUGGGUCCGAGCGGCCUGGGCUCCCUCGCUCCGUGGUGCUCGGUGAGCAGCGGUCCGACGCGCUACGUGCUGGGGAUGCAGGAGCUGUUUCGCGGCCACAGCAAGACGCGCGAGUUCCCGGCGCACAGCGCCAAGGUGCACUCGGUGGCCUGGAGCUGCGACGGCCGGCGCCUGGCGUCGGGCUCCUUCGACAAGACGGCCAGCGUCUUCCUGCUGGAGAAGGACCGGCUGGUGAAAGAAAACAACUACCGGGGCCAUGGAGAUAGCGUAGACCAGCUUUGUUGGCACCCGAGUAAUCCUGAUCUCUUUGUCACUGCCUCUGGAGACAAAACCAUCCGGAUCUGGGACGUGAGGACCACCAAGUGCAUUGCCACAGUGAACACUAAAGGGGAGAACAUUAACAUCUGCUGGAGUCCCGAUGGACAGACCAUUGCUGUGGGCAAUAAGGAUGACGUAGUGACCUUUAUCGACGCCAAGACACACAGGUCCAAAGCCGAAGAACAGUUCAAGUUUGAAGUUAAUGAGAUCUCGUGGAACAAUGACAAUAACAUGUUUUUCCUGACCAAUGGCAACGGCUGUAUUAACAUCCUCAGCUACCCAGAGCUGAAACCUGUGCAGUCCAUCAACGCCCACCCUUCCAACUGCAUCUGCAUCAAGUUCGAUCCUAUGGGCAAGUACUUUGCCACAGGCAGCGCGGAUGCUCUGGUCAGCCUCUGGGAUGUGGAUGAGCUAGUGUGUGUGCGGUGCUUUUCCAGGCUGGAUUGGCCUGUGAGGACCCUUAGUUUUAGCCACGAUGGGAAAAUGCUGGCAUCUGCGUCUGAAGACCACUUUAUUGACAUUGCUGAAGUGGAGACAGGCGACAAGCUAUGGGAGGUGCAGUGCGAGUCCCCGACCUUCACAGUGGCCUGGCACCCCAAAAGGCCUCUGCUUGCAUUUGCUUGUGAUGACAAAGAUGGCAAAUACGACAGCAGUCGGGAAGCAGGCACGGUGAAGCUCUUCGGGCUCCCAAAUGACUCCUGACGGGACUCUCUGCUCAGGGCCGGGUGGGGCAGGAGGAGAGUGGGGGGCUGCCAAGCCUGGACCAACCCUUCUUGUUUCCUACGGCAGUGAUGCUGCCUUGACUCUGUCAAUGAAUGUUUGUUAACUUUAGCUUCUAGGACAUGGUUGAACCCCCAUGUUCUGCCCCCAUGUUCUGGGCUCCUCAGGGCCCCUAGUAUUUUCUGAUCUAGACCCCAUUCACUUGGUUUCUGUUCUUACCCAGUUUGGGGAGGAGGUUGAGCAGGGGGCCAGUGUGGACGAGGUGAUACUCUUUAGUUUUUUGGGUGACACCCAGCCAUACUCAGGGCUUACUCCUGCUCUAUACUCAGGAGUCACUCCUGACAGUACCAAGAGGGCCCUAUGGGAUGCUAGGGAUCUAAACUGGGUGGGCUGUGCUCCCCCUUGUACCAUUACUCUGGCCCUAAGAGAUGGUGCUUGUCUUAUGCAAAAAAGACUGUUUUGAGACUUGAGCCUUUAAUAAACAGAUUUUAAAAAACUA